AUGCCGAAGAUUCCAGUGAAUUUCUUGAGGAAAUUUGGGAAUGAACUUUCUGAUGUUGUUACACUGAAAGUUCUGAAUGGUCGUGUUUGGUUUGCAGAUGAACUUUCUGCAGUUGCAAAGCUCAGUAUUCCUAAUGGUCAUGUUUGGCAAGUGACAAUUGAUGGGAAAAAUAUUUGGUUUCAGGACGGUUGGCACGACUUUGUUCAAUCUUAUUCAGUCAGUACUGGAUACUUUUUGGUUUUCAAAUAUGCAAAGAAUUCAACUUUUCAGGUUCUUAUUUUUUAUAAGACUGCUUGCGAGAUUCAAUAUCCAUAUAAUGCUGAAGAAGCAGUAAAUGAUGUGGAGAACUCAAAAUUUAGGCCACCAAGCAAGAAGUUUAAAAUAGAAGAAAUGGGAAUCUACAUUGCUGGAAAAAAUGGACUUCUUUCAAUAAAACAAAGAAAGAGAGCAAUUGAUAUCGCCAGAUUGUUCAAGCCAAGGAACCCCUUCGUUCAUGUUUAUCUUCCGAGAGCAUGUAUGCAUGUGCCGAUCAAAUUUGUUAACAAGUACAUAAGUAGCAAAGCCAGAUUUAUCACAUUACAAAUUUCUAAUGAAAAAGAGUGGCUUGUCCGAAUCAAGAAGUUCAAUACCGGAGGUUUUCGUAUAACAAAAGGAUGGGCUAGGUUUCUGAAAGACAAUGAUUUGAAGGGAGGAGAUAUCUGUAUCUUUGAGCUGAUGAUAAGAAAGAAAGACUACCUUACUCUGAAAGUUUUAGUAUAUCAUGCAGCUAUGAAGUUAACAUGA